ACAGCAGACAGCUGCUGGGGUUUGGAAGAGAACUGAACAAAUACUUAAAAUAUAAUCUGAUCAUUUUUGAAGCAGCCUUCAGAAUCUCCACAUAUUAACAUGCUGUUUUUGUUUCCGGUGAAAAACAAACUGAUAAUUUAAUGUUGGAUUUAAUUCAGAGUCAGCAAAUCACAGCCAAACCGAUUUAAUCGGGAACAAAUAAAACACUGAAAUAAACCAAACAUUCAAAUUUAAUGAACACAUGCGCCGACAGAUGACGUAUCACGAGUCAACGAGAACGCAAGUACGCACGCACAAGUAAUUCGAAAAUGUGACGUCAUUUCCGGGCUAAAACCGCAAAGGAUUGUAGGUACAAGCGGCUAGCGCGCGUGGGCUAUUACAAGACAACAGUCACACAGACAAACACAGACACAAAUGGCAAGAAGCUGUUGUGUUAUUAACUGCCAUAGCCGGUCGCAUGACAGCCACGGGAAGCCGAAGGCUAAAGGAAUCGGUUUUUAUCGGAUUCCUGCGUGGAAUAAAAAUUAUGCAAGAGAUGUUUCCGAAGUCACGAAGAGGCAACGGAUGGCCUGGAUUGCAGCUAUUGGAAGACCAAAUAUAACGUUCCAGAACACUCCACCUCACAUGUUAGUCUGCUCCAAGCAUUUCCUCAAAGGCAAACCAGCCUACAAAAUGAUGGAAAGCGAUCCAGACUGGGCACCCUCUAUCCAUCUGGGUCAUACUGAGUUGAAAGCUGCUACGACAGCAAAAUUUGUUGGGAGAGCAAGAUCAAAGCAGCCACCACAAGUCUCGCAUUCCUCUGGGCCAGAGACGGAUAAUCCAGGCGAAAUCCACGCAGGUAACCCAGCAUCAGGUGAGCAGCCUAUGGAGUAUAAUUCUGCCUUGGAUCAUGACUAUUUCUGUGACCCAGAACCUGCUUGCCUUGAUGUGACAGUAGAGCAAAACAUGAAGUUAAAAGAAGAAAUGGGAAUGUUAAGGAAAGAGAUCCAGGAGCUCAAAAUGCAGUCUGCUUUUGGAUUACAAAGAUUUGCCGGAUCCGAUGAUGACAUUCAGUUCUACACAGGGUUUGCAAGUUACCGUCACUUCAUGAUGUUUUGGGGGCUGAUUGAGCCCUCUGUCCACAAAGUGAUUUACAGGUCAAGGUCCGCAGCUACUGAAAGAAGGAGUGAAGCUGUAAAUGCAUCACACAUGAGACAGUCAUUGCAACCCAUUGAUGAGCUGUUCCUAUUCCAAAUGUGCCUGGCUGCUGGUCUUGAGGAGAGAGACUUGGCAGACCGGUUUGGCAUUCACCCCUUGACUGUAAGUGGCAUUAUCUCUUCAUGGACCAACUACUUGUACACACUCUUGGGUUCUGUGUGUAUCUGGAUUGAUGCUGAGGACAUUAAAGCUCACCUCCCUGAUGACUUCAAAGACUUUCCCGAUACUCAGGUGAUAGUUACUUGCACUGAGCUAAAAUGCCAAACCGCAUCCUCCACUCUCCCCCAACGUGAAGUGUUCUCCCCGUCUCACUGCACAAUGAAAGGUCUGAUUGGGAUGGCCCCCCAUGGCGCAGUGACCUUUGUUUCUUCACUCUAUCAGGGGUCAAUAAGUGACGAAGAACUCUUUAGGAGAUCAGGUUUGGCUGACCUUCUUACAGAAGACAUGGCCAUAGUGGUUGACGAAGGAUUCCUCAUGUCUGACUGUGUGGAUUGGAAGGUGUACUGUCCAGCUUUUCUUAGCCAAAACAGCCAGAUGCUAGCACACAGCGGCUUCCAGAGACAGGAAAUUGAACGACUCAGCGCACAUGUGGAGAGUGUAAUCCGAAGGGUUAAGGAAAACAAACUGCUUGACUCGGUUAUACCGCUAUCGAUUGCUGGAAGCAUUAAGGAAAUUUUUACUGUGGCUUGCUUGCUAAUUAAUUACCAAAAUAAACCUCUUGUCAAGGCACGGGCUAAGUAACGCACAUGAAUAUAGACUUCACUUGACCGCACAGACAGAAAGUAACUGGGUAGGUAAAUUGUGAACAUAAGCAAGUUGUAUAUUUCUAUAAAUAAGGAAUUUGUAUUUCCUUGUUCUGAAUGUUUUCUGAAAUGUGUACGAUGUUAACAGAUGUAGAGUCACAGCAGCAUGUUCUGAACUGAUGUCAUGAUGUAUAAAUUUCAUGAAUAAAUCUGAGUCGUUCACAAAACAGUCACUGAAUAUAAUUUUAAAUGACUUUAAAAUGCAUUAAUUUAAAUAAAAUGAAUUAACAUGAAUUUACACUCAAAUGUUUAAUUGGUCUUUAAAAUCCUUUCAUGUGUGCAUCUUUUCUUUGUUUUUAAAUUCAAGCUAUAUUCAGGUAGUCUUGAGCCACCUCAUUUCUCUGCAUUUUUGGUCCAAGAUGCAAGAUUCUUUUUUUUUUAAAGGGCAGUAGUUCUUUAGACUUUCUGAAGGUCUUUCGAAGUCUUUCUUUGGAUGAUUUUUCACUCAUUUUCAGGCCUUAUUUCUGGCCUUUUUCUGCCCCAUUAAAAAAAAAACCCCUAGCUGCCGAGGGCUUUCCAUGACUCACUAUGUGCUUACACACCACUUUGCAUUUAGUUACUAGAUAUUAGUAAUCUCUGACCGUCUUCCAGUUUGUCCUGUCUUCCUCUAAUUAACUCCAACUCAUUGCGUCACAUGACUGCCCCUCCCUGUGGUUGUUCCGCCAGAGGUUUCUUUGUGUUAAAAGCAUUUUGAGGCGACUGCUCUGUGAUUUUUGCACUACAUGUAAAUACAAGUGAACUGAAUUUUUUUAUUGUUCCAUGGAACAUGUUGGACAAGUCGAGCCCAAAAUACACAGAAGGCCGCCAACUGUGUUUCAUCUGAAUACAUAUUUAUUAGAUAAAUAUUAGGAUGUCACAUCAUCUAACUACAUACAGAUUUGCAAGACUAAAAAUCACAAUGUUCUUCUGACCAGUUUAGAAUAUGAAAUGAUUGUACAUAGAAUGUACAAAACCAAAUAGACAACUGCCACUUGUGCCAAUCACUUCAGAUUGUACCUUUAUAGCAUAAGUUUUGCCAAAUUGCAUAAAAAUUAUAAAUUUGACAAAAUGUUUUACAAACUGUAAAUUUUGGAAACAACCCUCGAGAGCCUUCUCGAAGCUCGAUGUCUCCCGAGUCCCAAUUAUACCUCAAAAGGUCGGAAUAAUUUCGUAGCACCUUUAUAAAGUACACAGGUAAUAACGAAAUACACAGAAUUUUCAUAUUACACAAGAGGAAAAAUUUCUUUUCUUUUUCUUGAACCCCUUGUCGAAGGGGUUCAUAAAGUAUCUUACAUAAAUGAACAGGCAUGGUUAGAGAGGUCUGCACAGACAUAAUCAAACACAGACUCAUUUUCCCAAUUCAAUGUCUGACAGGAGGAUGCAAGCUUUACAAAUUCUAAAUACACUAUGCACACUCCCACUGGAGAAAAUGAAUACAUUUCUGUUAACGUGUCUCUAUUUGUCAUUUACAUUAUGUACAAAUAUCCCUUAUAUCCCAAACCCGUCCCCCAAAACUUACUGGGGGUCUUUCCCGAAUUUCAUUUUACAAUAUUAAUCGUCUUCUCCUUUAAAUCCUCAACUAGUACAAAGUGUGUCGCGAAAAUUACUCGAUUUUUGUGAAAGGUUACAGUCAUAAUUACACACUGUGUAGGGAAAUAAAACAUCCCAAUGCGGCAGUGCAUUGUCUUUAACAAACAUAUAAACAAACACAAAACAACAUUUGACUCUUUCAGCUGUGUUGUAUGCAGGCCAUGUGAUUACUCUUGAAGCCAAAAUGCGGUUCUUGAAAAAGGAUCAUAAAGCCUAAAUAUGGGCGACUUUUUUUUUUUUUUUUUUUAACCAAU